GUACAACACCUGAUCGCCUCCUCUCCUCCCUCCCUUAAUUUAUACCCCCGCAACAGUAGACAACGAACUGCAACCCCGUGUUCUUGUAGCCCUGCCAUAAUCUUCCGCCAUGGACCAUGGGAUGGGCGACAUGGGACAUGGUAUGGCGCCUAUGGGCGAUAUGGGACAAGGCAUGGGCGACAUGGGAGGAGCCGGGAUGGGCGACAUGCAUAUGACUUUCUUCUGGGGCAAGAACGCCCAGAUCCUCUUCUCCGGCUGGCCGGGCAACAGGGGGGGCAUGUACGCCCUUGCGCUCAUCGUCGUCUUCGUCCUCGCAGUCCUCCUCGAGUGGUUCAACCACGGCCGGGUGAUCAGCCCUCGGUGGAGCCGUGUGGUGGCCGGGCUGGCUCUGACGGCCAUGCACGCGCUCCGCGUCGGGCUCGCGUACGUGGUCAUGCUCGCCGUCAUGUCCUUCAACGUCGGCGUGCUGAUCGCCGUGAUUUUGGGUCAUGCCGUGGGUUUCUUGCUCUUCUACAGCUCGGUGUUCAAGCGGCCGCCACCGCCGGCCAACGAGGAGUUCAAGGGAUACCUCCCACCCAUGGCCUGUUCAUGUUGAUUUCUACUGCUUUGUUUUCUUUUAUUGCAUCAUCAGGUCGUGCUAUGAAUGUCAAUACUGUGAUUAAUUUCUUGUUGUAGUCUUCGUAGAUGCAACUCUGGAUUAAGAUAGGAUGGUAAAUUUUUGUUUGGAAUUAAGGGUACUGUAGUGU